GUCAACGUUGGAUUGCGUUAGCUAUAAAAUGCCAAGUAUUUUGCUAGCGAAUCAAGUAAGUCUAAAUCAAAGCAAAAAUGAACGUGUUCUUUAUUAAGUUUUGGUUGGCUUUUGCACUUGUCGCUGUAUUGUCAAUGAAUUCGUUGGCUGCAUCUGAAUCGGAGGUCUCCACAGAACCAUCGGACGUCUCCACAGAACCAUCGGACGUCUCUACAGAACCAUGGGACGUCUCUACAGCACCACAGAGACGGCAAGAUUAUUAUUCACCACAGAGACGGCAAGAUUAUUAUUCACCACAGCGACGACAAGAUUAUUAUUCUCCACAGCGACGGCAAGAUUAUUCACCACAUAGGCGGCAAGAUUAUUCACCACAGAGACGGCAAAAUUAUUCACCGCAGCGACGACAAGAUUAUUCACCACAGAGAGGGCAAAAUUAUUCACCUCAGCGACAUCAAGAUUAUUCACCUCAGCGACAUCAAGAUUAUUCACCUCAGCGACAGCAAGGUUAUUCACCAAAGCAACAUCAGUGGUAUCUGACAGUGUGUGAUCUAUAUUAUGCACAACAGCAACAACAGUGGGAUCAUCCACAAUAAUCAUCAAGAUUAUUUACCUUAAAGCCGUCGGUUAGUGGACGGUGGGAUUUUAUCCUCCAAGGUCUGGUUUAUUUGAUCCGUUAAUAGUUAAUAAUAGUAACUGUAUUAAAACGAUUAACUAAAUAUUUAAAAUCAAUAAACCGGUUUUAAGCAAGACAGUAA